ACAUGUGCGGCGUCUGCGUAUUUCGUAACGUAUAGAUGAUAGUCCUGAUAUUCGCAGCUUCUGUCAAAAACGCUAUUGAUAGACCACCAGCUGAUGCUGCUGACAGAAUCGGCCGGCGUUAUAGAAGUAUAUUUCAGUAGUUAAUAGUUGAUUGAGUUUUUUCACCAACAUCUCGUCAGGAACCUGAGACAUAUCGUGGGACAUCGACGUUGCGAGACGACCGCCCAGUAUAUUAUCAGAUUUCCCUGACACUCUGUGCGGGACCCUGAUACGUAGUAAUAAUGGCACAAAAUAGUCCAACUUUGAAAUCCGCGGAACAAUUCAAGCUUAUACCAAAAAUCAUAAAUGGUGGAAUUGCUGGAAUUAUUGGAGUUUCCGUAGUGUUCCCGCUCGAUUUGGUUAAAACGAGAUUACAGAAUCAAGUUAUCGGCCCGAAUGGAGAACGGAUGUAUAAUUCAAUGUUCGAUUGUUUUAAAAAGACUUAUAAAGCGGAAGGGUAUUUUGGAAUGUAUAAAGGAUCCGCUGUAAAUAUAUUAUUGAUUACACCCGAGAAAGCUAUCAAACUUACUGCCAAUGAUACAUUUAGACAUUAUCUUUCUCCCGGAGUCGGACAAAAAUUGCCAAUAGAACGUGAAAUGCUCGCCGGCGGCUUGGCGGGAGCAUGCCAAAUAAUCGUUACCACUCCGAUGGAACUGCUCAAAAUACAAAUGCAAGACGCUGGCAGAGUCGCCAUGGCAGCUAAAGAAGCGGGUAAAGAAGUGCCGAACGUAUCUGCUUGGUCAUUAACGGUGGAUUUACUUAGGAAACGAGGUAUACUUGGGUUGUAUCAAGGAACCGGCGCCACGGCACUUAGGGACGUUACGUUUUCCGUUAUUUAUUUUCCUCUGUUCGCCAGGCUGAAUGAUCUCGGCCCGAAGCGCGAAGACGGUUCAUCUGUAUUCUGGUGUUCAUUCCUUGCUGGAUGCGCGGCCGGUUCAACAGCCGCAUUAAUGGUCAAUCCAUUUGACGUAAUCAAAACUAGAUUGCAAGUUAUCAAAAAAGCACCUGGUGAACCAACGUACAAUGGAGUAUUAGACUGCAUAACGAAGACAUUUAAAAACGAGGGACCGACAGCGUUCUUCAAAGGUGGUGCUUGCCGAAUGAUCGUCAUAGCACCGUUGUUUGGAAUUGCGCAAACCGUUUAUUAUCUCGGCGUAGCCGAGUGGUUGUUGGGUUUGAAAUGAAAUCAUCAUAUCUCGCCGAUUCGUGCCGUUCAAAUACUCUCUGAGGAAACCGACAAUAAUUGCUGUAGAUGUAGUUGUAUUUUGGCUUGAAGAUAUCCGUCGCGCUACAAAAAAAAUAUCGUUGUUAAACGGAACCUUGCGAUCGCUUAUAUGUAAGAGAAAGUAAAAGAUUGUGUAUUAAUUGCCGUAAUUCUCGCAGGUCGCGAAUUAUAACGAAUUCAUAGUUGAAUGAGAUAUAUAAUCCUAUCUUUUUGCACCAGUAAAGUGCAUUAAAAUUAUUAAUCAAAUACAACGGAGUCGUUGCGUAUGUAUAUAUACGUUUGUCUUAUACAUUAUGUUCUUGCAAUGCAAAAACAGAUGGAAUUAUAAGUUUCCAAUCGUAUUACAUGCUGUUCAAUAUUUAAGUAAUUGCAUUUUUCAAUAUAAUGAUUUCUCAUCUU